AUGGCUCCCGCUCCUCCGCCGCCUCCUGCCGCGGCACCUCAGCAGCAGCAUCCGCCGCAAGACCUCCACGACCUCCUCCGCGCUCGCCUCGUCGAGAGCGGCGAGUACUCGCGCAUCAUGGACGUGCUCAGGGCCAAGCUCGACGACGCAGGCUGGGAGGACUCGGUACGCGAUGCCGCUCGUGAGAGAGCCCGUGUCCAAGACCCGCCGAGCCUGCAGGCCCUCGUCGCCGAACUCGAGCCGCAGGCGCUCGGCAUGAUUCCCGCCGACGCUCGUGCCGAGGUCGAGGCCAUGGUGCGCGCGUUUGUCGAAAAGACCGUCGAGUAGCCGGAAGGGAAAUCUCCUUUCGUAGCUUUCCUCCCCUCUCGCCGUGGCCGCUCGUGUGCUUGUUGUACUCCUACGCACUCUUUCCUCUCG